AUGACAAAUCCACCAGACAACCACAGUAGCAGCAAUGGCAUCGGCAACGAGUUAAUCUUCGUCAACGCGCCGAAGAUCAGAUCCGGGAAGCGGCCAGAUGGUGCGCCUAGCGUCCGCUCGAUGAUGGUGCGGCAGCUCGUGCGGAAGAAAAAGGCAAACUCGACCAAGCAGCUGCUCGUCAAGAAGCCGGGAUCCCACGGGUUGGCGAGUACGAGCGACUCGGCGGUCCCAAAUACAAUCACGCCUCCGCCUGAUGAUGCCGACCCGGUGCAACAGGCAUACGUGGCUGGAGCUGGUCCUCUGGUCACGUCGGAACUCCGCGCUCGCGAGUCCUCAAGUGACUCGGAACGCAGCCAGGCGUCUCCGCCGAGUCUGUUGACUGUGUUGAGCGAAGCUCGAUCGGAUCCGUUUUCGCAUUGGUAUAGCGAGUUGGGGCAUCGAGGGCAUGAGGUUCUGGAUUUUUGCAUCAACGAGUUCUGGCCAACUCUCCGGACGCACGAUUACGCCGAAAAAUGCUACCGCAACCGCUUCCACCAGGGGAGCCGCCUGACCCUGUACUGCGUCCUCUGGGCGACCUCGGUCCACUUGGACCUCUAUAGAGACAACCCGUCAGCAUCGGUGGAAUCCGUCGGUACGCUGCGGUACCUAGACCUGUCAUUAAAAGCACUCCAGGAUCACCUUGCAACCACCAAUUCAGCCACCGUUUCCGAUGAAGCCAUUCUUUGCAUUAUAUACCUCGCCGUGAACCACCAGGUCAAGCCACGGCUAACGCGGGAUCCGAGCCCCUUUACGCCGCCGCGAACAAGCGUCCAUCAUCUCAACAUUUUUGGGACUACUACCUUUCACGCAGCACACUGGAAGAUGGCGAAGAACCUGAUCCACGGCCGAGGCGGGGUCCAUGCCAUGAAAAUGGUGACACUGCCCUGGCUCAUUGGGAUAGCAGACCUGCUGCAUUCCGUCGGAGCGUUGGAGAAGCCAACGUUCCCUCUCCUGGAGCCGUCAGGAAAGCCUAUUCUCUACUCGUCCCCGUUCCGCGCAUUGCGGGUUCCAGAAAUCCCUCGACACUUUGGGUACAAGGGCGGCUUUGCGCAGAUGAAAGCUUUGACACCGCCCGUCCAUCAAUCGAUCCUCGACGUCUACCUCGACCUGAGCGAAUACUCCCAGUGCCUCGAUUACCUCGAACAAGUCGAUACUUGCCCGACACACGAAAUCGGAGAUUGCCGAGAUAUCGUUCACCAUCGGUUCAUGUCCCUGCCCGAUCCCCACGACGAGAACGGGCUCGUCAUGGAUGUUACAAACCAAAGCCCUGAUGCUUGCCAAAAGACGCGCUCGAUAUACCUUCUCCUCCGAUUAGGCGCCCUCUUAUACCUCACCCACGUCACAUUCCCCCUCCCUCGGCCGUUACGACUACGAAAACUCCUGCUCUCCCACCUAUCUUCCUACUUCGCGUCAAUACCCGACUACAACUUCCCAGUGGGUGUCCCGCUCGAGCUGUUCCUAUGGCCAGCAACUAUUGCAGCCAUUGCUUCUCGGGACGAGCCGUGCCGGAUGCAGUUCAUGUUGCUGGUCAACAGACUGUGCCGGGAAACGGGGAUCUCGACGUGGGAGGAGUUCCGCUGGACGAUGCGAUCGUUUGCUUGGGUCGACUGUGCGUGUGACCUUGAGGGGCACCAUGUUUGGGCGGAUGCUCAGCUUCUGGGAUGA